AUGGCUCCGUCACUGCUAGUGUUCACCGUCUUGCCGUGUAAGAGCCGCGAGGCUCAACAGAAGGCGAUCGAGUUCCUGUCUACUUCUGCCCAGGCUAUGCUGAAGAACGAACCAAACAACAAAAAGUACGGAAUCUGCACUAGCAGCACGGAUCCCGAUGAUCUCUGCGUCUACAUGAUCGAAGAGUCAGUCCAACCUUGGUGGUAUUCUCUGUCAGGGAGAAGUAGGAAGGCUGCCGUGGAACACCCGCUAUCUGGUGAGAUCCUGCUUGAGAACUACGAUAUUGUCGAAGGGUGCUCCUUGUCACCACGACCCGAGGUCGGGCAGCACAAGAACUGUAGCAUUGCCUUCGGUACCUACACAAUCAACGAGGGCACCAUGGCACAGAAGCUGCAGCACUGGAAUGAUGCCCUCUCAUCCAAGGCCGGUGCAGCAGAUGAAGGCCCGCUCGUAUUCCUUGUCGGGCAGAACAAGGCUGAUCCGAACAAGAUGUCCACGGUAGAGGCCUUCAAGUCAAGGGAGGAUGCAGUCAGGUUCCAGACUACCAUAGGUGCACAGGCUGAGAUGCAAUACAGGUGGUUGAAGCAGGUUGGCGGCUACCUGUACAAGGAGUAG